AUGUGUUUCCUACAGGCCUAUGAGGGAUGUGAGAUUAAAGAACUUGAAGUAGAAAAUAUCCAGGAAAGAGAAGGAAGAGCAAAUAAUGAUAACUUCAACAGUUCAAUGUUUCAAACUCAGGUUACUUACAAAACCAAGAAUGGAGAGGAAAAAACACAUGAUCUUAUUCUAAAGAUCCCUUCUUUGAUUCCCUUGGUUGCAAAGUUAGGUAAACUUGGUAAACCUUUUGCCAGAGAGAGUCUUUGGUACAGUACCUGGGUUAAAGAACUCAUCAAGGUUGAUCCAAAUAUUUGUGAGAUUUCACCAACAUGCUUCUACGCAGAUACAAACUAUAUGGAUUACUCCCCUGGCUGCUGGGUUAAACAAUGUCCCUGUAUUUGUUGGUGCCCUUGUCAGGAUGUUGAGCAGGGAAUGAUUAUUCUAGAGAAUUUAACAAAGAAGAAUAAUCCCUGUUUUCUACUUGAUAAACUUAAGGUAGGACAAUAUUAGUGAUGUGCCUGCAGUGGGUUUAUGGUUCUAUUUUGUAUUACCAAUUUGU